AUUUUCAACUUUUUUGCCGCAGUUUGAGAUUCGCCGCAGUUACACUCCGACGAUGUCAACAGCGAUCGAGAGCCUUUUCCAGUCAAAUGAUCUUACGACGCGUCUUCAGCAAAGAUUAAUUUCAUGCUCCGAAACAAUCGCAUCUGGAGAUUUUCGUCUUUCCGAUGAAUCCAUAUCCGAACUUGUUGGAUUCCUCAAUUCAUUUAGCGACGCCGUUGUCGCAUCAGAUACAGAUGAUGACAACUCUUAUUCUGAAGAUGAUGCGUUUCAAAUUCUCACCGAGACUCAUCGUUUCCUUGCUUCACCUUCUCUGGAACAGGAUGUUAUUGACAGGCUUGCCUUCGAGUUGCCCAAGGCUGUUGCAAGGUUUGCAAGUGUCUCGCAGAGGUGCUAUGAUAUAGUUGAAGAUGUUAUCAAUUUGUUUACUCAGACUUGUUCCCCACGCGACAUGCUUUCUAUUCUCUGUGAGGCAUUAGAUUCUCCAGGGAAAAUGAUCACAGUUCCUAGUUAUUUUGCCCCACUUCUUAAUGGUAUCUCAAGAGUCUUUGUUUCCAUCCAGAGGCGUCAGUUUGAGCAAAUAAAAGAAGCAAUCCCUGUUGUGCUCAAUGUUCUAAAGUCUACAUGUGCACAAUUAGACGAGGAUACCGAGGAUGUUAAGGAUGUUAAGGAUCUUCUUAACAAAUCAAUAUGCAUUUCUAAUUCAAUAGUAGCAGUUUGUGAGAAAUUAAGUGGAGGCAAAGAAAAUGUACUUCGUGACCUACUUCGUUUAUUUGUCUUGCAAAUAAUGGCUCUUGUCUCUAUUAGCGUUAGGGACAAUGUCUCAAGCCAUCUGCCUUUGGUAUUGCAACUAUCCCAGCUACUCAAGUACUGCAAUUUGUCAUAUUUUGGCUUGAUUACAGGGGAAAGUGAUGCAAUUUCUAGAAAUGUGUUUGAAGAGCUUGGAGAUGAAUAUAUGGGCUGUUUUUCUCAUACCAACCUUGGAGCAUCACUUGCAGUUAUUUGGGGCCAUCAGUUCAAUGAGGUUGCUCAGUCUAUGAAUGAAGACUUGGCUAUUCUCAAGAAAGAAUUGUCCAAUAACCAGGCUAAAAGGUGGCAAAUGCUGGGCAUGUUGAGGCACAUAUUUUCGUGUGUCCACUUGACAUGGAUAUUCAAGGAGUACACCAUGAAUUUCCUUCUAUGGAUUUUUGACGGAAAUAUAACUUAUCAGUACAGUGAUGCAAACAUAGAGUGUUCAUUUCAAAUGCCUAAUCUGUUUGCUUUUUUACAGGCUGUGAAGAUUAUUCUGAUCUUUGCACCGAAUAGAGAGUUAAGGAAGAAUGCUUUUACUGCAAUGAAAAAGGUUCUGGCAGAUUUUCCAGCUUCUCUAAGAUUUGACAUUUUCAUGGCUUUGAUUAGAAAUAGCAAAUCGUCUUCUAUGAUUGCAAUACUUCUUGAUUGCCUUAAAGAAGAGAUGCAUGGAAACCAUUCAUCUGGGGAGAAAGCAAAGGGACCACAAAAUAACGCAUUUUGGAAUUCAGGUGUACUUGAAGCAGUGGAGUUUGUUUUAAGGCCUCCACAUGGAGGACCUCCGCCCCUUCCUGAGAAUGUUGAUUCGGUAUUAGCUGCUCUUAAUAUGUACAGGUUCAUUCUGCUAUCUGAGUUAACAAGUAACACUAACUACACUGGAGUUCUAUCCCGAGACAAGUUACAAAAGGCAUAUAACGAAUGGCUUUUACCAUUGAGAGUGAUUGUGACAGGCUGUAUGAAAGAAAAUCGAGAAGAUUCCGAUAAUAAAUUGGCAAUGGAAGUUCUAUGUAGUUUGAAUCCAGUUGAAUUUGUUCUGUACCGUUGCAUCGAACUUGUUGAAGAAAGGAUGAAGUGCGCAGAUGCUGCUACAUGAGGAAUUUUAUCAAUCUUAUCUCUGCUUACAUUGAUUUGCGUUUGUAAUAGAAAAUAGAAACACAUUUUGCUCUCUGUAUUCAUUUGUUUAGACUAAAACAACUGUAUAAACACAAACUUCUUCAGCAGCCCUUUUCGAGUUA